CUUACUCUUCGUUGGAAUUCGAUGGCUCGUACACUGCGUCCUAGAAAAUCUCAACCAAGUUACUCCGUGAACCUUGAAUUAGAUGGGGAAGAUGGUGAGGCUGGCCCAUCUAAAUAUGAAGAAGCCGACAGUGGAAGCGAUUUUGCACCUGAAAAGGAUGCCGGAGGCGACGCGAACCCAAAUGAAGUCAACGACGACGACGACGACGACGAGUCAGACGAUCAGGAUAUGGAAGUCGAAGACGAUUUUGACCCAGAAGAUGGUGUCCUUGACGAAGACGGCAAGCGGUCCAGGAAGACCAAGGGGAAAGAGAAAGAAAAGGCGACCGCAAAGUCAACAGUAAAAUCUGUGAGCAUGCCUUCUGUUGGUGGGGCUGCAGGAAUCGCGCGUACUUCCAAGCGGCAAAUUUUCAUUCUCCCAACGCCAAGUGUUCACCAUCGACAUCGAGCUGUUCCUCUUUACUCCCACAAAGGACGCGUCGAACGCCUUGCAAAAGCACCAUCUCUUUUUGGACCCCAGUCUACAAGUCCAACAUAUAAUUUUACUCACUCUCUUGGCAUCACAAACCGCGCCAGCAAGGCAUGGGGCUUCAAUGUCGGUACUGGACCGUUAUGGGAGAUGACUGAAGACCGCGCAUGGUACAAGGAGGCCCUACCGGCAGAAUCGGACUACGAAACCGAAGAGACUCGUCGACCCGUUGUCUAUCGCGACCUUCAAAUGCAGUCGGGAUGGAAAGCUCUUAGUCGCCAAGAAGCUACGCAGUAUCUCCCGACUGACAGCAUUACCACAGAAGAGGGAAAUCUCAAUCCACCUCCCCCUGUGCCUUGUUUCUUUGGACCGUUCGAGAACCAGAAUUUAUUCGAGAUUCAGAUGUUCCAGAGUCUGAAAAAUGACCAGUUCUUUCCUGAAAGCAAGUCCCAUAUCUUCAAUCCUGGUGCACCAGCCUGGGGACUUGAUUGGUGUCCCAUUCAUCCUGAUGAUCGCGAAGGACGCUUUUAUACGCAGUAUCUGGCUGUCGCGCCUCUUCCAACCGCUUCGCACGCCCCUGAAGUUGGAGUGAAGGCAGCCCGCCCUGUCUCAGCAUGCGUACAAAUAUGGACUUUGAGCCCAACAAACCCUGCAGUGCUCAGCGAAGACGACCCAGGGAUCAUGAAAUGCGUCAUGGUUCUUUGCAUUGACAGCGGACCUGCCUUUGAUCUCAAGUGGUGCCCAUUACCUUGUCACGAUCCCAUCGCCAGCAAGCAAGGGCAGCAGCCACGGAAGCUGGGCUUACUUGCUGGGACAUUUGAAGAUGGAUCAUUUUCCGUUUUCGUUGUCCCCGAGCCACUCGAUGUGACCCCGCCCGGACACGAUCCCGCGCUGCCCGUUUACAUUAAGCUGCCUGAACCUUUGAUCCGUAUCGAGCUCGAAGAGACCGCAUGCUUGUCUUUUGACUGGGGCAACAGCGAAAUAGUCGCUAUUGGGACCACACAUGGCAUCAUUGCCGUCUUCGAUUUAGGUCCUGCAAUAAAAGCAUCUUUCCAGCCAACUUCUGAGGAAGCAGACGAACUCCUGCCUUCGCACUACAUCACUGUCCAUCAAUCGGCGAUUCGCGCCCUUUGUUGGGCCCGGUCACCACCGAGCUGGCCGAAUGGAGAACCUCGCACAAAUGCUGACCCCACGAUCAUUUGCAGUGGGGGCUACGAUGGGUUGGAGUGCCUUACAGACAUUCGGGAUGGUCAUGGAUCGAUCAUGAAUCGGACGAGAGAUGUCGUUCACUCGAUGACUUUUUCGCAGUACGGAAGCGGGCCUAUCACGAUUGACCACGAAAAUAUCAUCAAGGUGUUUUCACUGUCCCCAAGUAUGCUGGGACGGGGGCAUAUUCUAAUGGAGCCAGGUGGUCCGAUUUGGAGCCUUAGCGCCUCUGACUACCACCCAUCACUUGCUGUUGGUUCGGCUGAUGGUGUUUGCAGCACGACAAAUACCCUGCGGUCAACCCGUCGCGGCAGUUCCGUUCCAUUCUUCGUGCACAAGAUAUAUCAACUUGACUAUAGCCGCACGACCAAGCAGUUCCGAAUGCUGGAUCAAUUUUUACCACUCGAAGCUUCUGACCGGCCAACACAGACGAAAGCGAUGCGUGCUGAGAAGGCAAAGAAAAAGGAUACGCGGUUUGUUACGCCUGCGGGCAGCGGUUCAUGGCCACGCGAAGUGGGUGUCCAGCGCGUCGUUUGGAAUUCUGGGGGUGGUCUGGGAGGGGCCGGCCUUUUGGCAUCGUCGACUGCAUCAGCUCUCUGUCGUGUCGAUUUUGUGUGGGGGCGUUGGCUCGCGGACCGGAUUCCGUAUAACAGCGUCGAUGAAAUCAGAAUGACUAACGAUGCGGGUGACGACGCGAUGGACGUCGAUUCGGAUGAGUCUGACUGA